CAAGCAGCAGAGAUUAAAUAGCAAUAAACAUAGCACAUAGAUAAGUUGGUUAGCCCAUUUUUCUAUGAUUAAUUCAUGCUAGAUUUCUAUUUAGUAGUUUAUUCAGUUAGUAGCACUGCUGAAACUCCUAAAAAUGCUAAGUGUGUGAUUUAGGGAGUCUCUACAACAAAGGAUGUUGGGAGGUUAGAAGGGUUUUAAGAAGUGAAGUACCACCUGAAGCCAGAUCAUCUGAGAAAGAUAUCAGAUAGAACGGAGUAAUUGGGCAAUAAACCUGGAUUUGAGAUGUCAGAGGAAGAAGAUUCUUUUCUGAAUGUUAAAAGAUCUUUGAAAAAGAGAAUGGUGAAACACAGCACUCCAGUGGACUCAAUGCUUUCAAGAACAAUGCCAUCUCUUACAGAUCUGAUAAAUCAGUCAGUGAAGGACCAAGAUACCAGUAAGAGACUUUAUGGAUCGCCAGUGCCAAAACCAAAUCUAAGUAGAUCAUUAGCUCAAGUAUCAUCAGCACAUGUUGAAGCAUACAUCCCUCAUAUGUCCCCAAAAAGGCCUUCAACAGUGUUUAACUCUCAAGAAUUAAACAAAGAGAUAAGCCAAAGCUCUCGGGUUGUAUUUUCUAGAAAGAGGCUUUCCACUGUGUUGGCUUCUGAUGAAUCAAAUGAAGACCCAAGUGACAAGGUUGUCCCAAAAGAGGAAACUCAAGCUUCCACCAAAGCCUCUGAGGAGACUGCAGUAACUCCCAAGAGUGCACCUUCACGGCUUGUUACUGGAAUACCAGGGAUAAAAGAUGUCCUGAUAGUGAAAACCAGGAAGAAGAAAAUUGAUAAAGCUUUUGUGAGAAAGAAACAACAAGAAUGGGUGCUUCGUCAACUUAAAAACAUUGAGGAAGCAACUGAACAUGAACUGACAAUUGAAGAAGCUUGAUUGAACUACCCGUGGAAUCGGUGCUAUCACAUCCUUCUUGUGGGAAUAGUUGGUUCCAA